AUGUCGGAACCCCAAGACACCACCUCCCCUUCGACUGCGGCUGCUCCUAUUGCCGCGUCGACUGCGCAGGAGCAACCCCAAACCCAGUCGCCGCCUCAAGUAUCCGCUACUACGACAUCCUCGGUGACGGCAACUGCCGCCGCAGCGACCGCAGCUGUAGCAUCCCCCCCUGUUAAUGGUGCUGCGCGCCCGACCGAAGAGUUGUCUUGUCUUUGGCAAGGAUGCUCUGAGAAGUGCCCUACCCCAGAGUCCCUCUAUGAACACGUCUGUGAACGUCACGUAGGUCGCAAGAGCACAAAUAAUCUCAACUUGACCUGCCAGUGGGGUAGUUGCCGAACUACCACCGUCAAGCGCGACCACAUCACCUCUCAUAUCCGAGUACAUGUGCCCUUAAAACCUCACAAGUGUGACUUCUGUGGAAAGGCCUUCAAGCGCCCUCAGGAUUUGAAGAAACAUGUCAAGACACACGCAGAUGAUUCAGUACUGGUUCGGUCCCCUGAACCGGGUUCCCGGAAUCCAGAUAUAAUGUUUGGAGGUAACCCAGCAAAAGGCUAUGCCACAGCUACGCAUUACUUCGAACCCGCCUUGAACCCCGUCCCCAGCCAGGGUUAUGCUCACGGAGCUCCUCAAUACUAUCAAUCUCAUCAUCCACCUCAACCAGCGAACCCAUCUUACGGCAACGUCUACUAUGCGCUAAACCAUGGACAUGAGGCCGGCCACGCAUCCUACGAGUCGAAAAAACGUGGAUAUGAUGCCCUGAACGAGUUCUUCGGUGACCUCAAGCGUCGUCAGUUCGAUCCAAACUCCUACGCCGCGGUUGGGCAACGCCUGCUUGGUUUACAAAGCCUGUCUCUUCCCAUUCUCAGCGGCGGCCCACUCCCUGAAUAUCAACCCAUGCCUGCGCCUGUGGCAGUAGGUGGCGGAGGCUACAGCCCUGGUGGCCAUCCUCCCGCUCCUGCUUAUCAUCUGCCUCCCAUGAGUAACGUCCGUACCAAGAACGACCUGAUAAACAUCGAUCAGUUCUUGCAACAAAUGCAGGAUACUAUCUACGAGAAUGACGAUAACGUGGCAGCUGCUGGUGUUGCCCAGCCGGGUGCCCACUAUGUUCACGGCGGCAUGAGUUAUCGCACCACCCACUCGCCACCCAGUCAGCUACCUCCAAGCCAUGCUACGGCCACCACUUCUGCAGGCCCCAUUUUGGCCAACCCUGCGGCCCAUUCGCCUACUGGAACACCCGCUCUCACACCACCCUCGAGUGCACAAUCGUAUACUUCUGGUCGGUCGCCCAUUUCUUUGCCCUCAACAAGCCGGGUAUCCCCCCCUCAUCAUGAAGGUGGCUCAAGCAUGUACCCUCGCCUUCCAUCGGCUACUAUGCCUGAUAGCAUGACCGCCGGCUACCCAACCACAUCGAGCGCAGCUCCUCCGUCCACCCUUGGCGGUAUCUUUGACCAUGAUGAUCGUCGUCGGUACACCGGUGGCACCUUACAACGCGCAAGACCCGAGGAGCGUCAUCUACCUGAGCCGAUGGAUCUCUCUCAUGAUAACAAGGACGAUGGAGAGCGGACACCACCUGCUAAGCCGCGUCAAGCACCCUCAUCACCCGGUCGCAUCUCCGCUAGCUUGAUUGACCCUGCCCUUUCGGGCUCGGCGACGGAAGCAGAGACGCUGCGGACGGCCCAAGCCGCGACUGAAGUCGCUGAGCGAUCCGACGUGCAGUGGGUUGAAAAGGUCCGCCUUAUCGAAUACCUGCGCAAUUACAUCGCGUCUCGCCUCGAACGGGGUGAAUAUGACGGCGACUCAGGCAUGACUCGUGAGUCGCGCACACCAGAGGCUGGACAUGAUGGCCACAUGGAAGGCGUGGAGAGCGAGCCUGUUUCUCGUCCUGCCAAAUCUGAGUCUCCGGUGAAACCUGAGGCUGGAGGUGAUACAGUGAUGUACCCGACACUACGGGGAGUCGAUGAGGAUGGUGAUUCUAAGAUGCCUAAUUAA